AUGGAGACUAGACGACAACGUGGUCGGGGCCAUUGGCCUGGAUCUAGGCAGGCCCAGAACCAAGAGGAGGAGCAAGGUUCUAUGGCAAACCAAUACCAGGGAGCCAGAGGUGAAGAAGGGGACCAGGUAGUUACAGUUAUCAAUCGUAUGACUGAUUUACUGGCCCGUUUGAUUGACCAGCAAGGUCAAGUACUUGGUAACCAACAAAGGGACCCUGAAGUAGGUGAAUAUAGGGCCCUAGAACGGUUCCAAAAAUUCGCUCCUCCUAAAUUUCUUAGAGGACCAGACCCUAAAGCUGAUGAGAACUUGUUUGAAACAAUGGAAGAUAUUUUUACUGCUUCGCGUGGAAAAAAGCAUGACCCUCUUUUGAAGCACCUCAAGGCUCGAAGAAGCUCGAAAAGAUCAGUGAAUUAUGUGACUGAGGAAUUGGGAAAUGAGUAUUCGCCAGUUUAUGUUGGCCCUCAAGAAGGGUUGAAGGAAGCUGACAGGAUCACAACAUUGCCAGGACAGCCAAAUGCAGUAAAUUUUGAUCAGUAUUCAGGGUAUGUCACAGUUGAUCCUAAAGCUGGUCGAGCUCUCUUUUACUAUUUUGCCGAAUCCCAAAACUCUUCGGCCAAGCCUCUGGUUUUGUGGCUAAAUGGAGGACCUGGAUGCUCCUCAAUUGGAGCUGGAGCAAUGACUGAAUUGGGACCUUUCCGAGUCAAUAAAGAUGGAAGCACCCUCUGGCUUAAUCCAUAUGCCUGGAACACUGUGGCAAACGUACUCUUCUUGGAAUCUCCAGCUGGUGUUGGAUUUUCUUACUCCAACACAUCCUCAGAUUACAUUACCGGAGAUACAAAAACUGCAGCAGAUUCCUAUACAUUUCUAGUCAACUGGCUGGAAAGGUUCCCUGAGUACAAAACCAGAGACUUCUUGAUAACUGGAGAAAGCUAUGCUGGUCAUUACGUGCCUCAGCUUGCUCAACUGAUUCUCCAUAACAAUGAGAUAACGAACCAAACUGUCAUUAACUUGAAAGGAAUUGCUAUUGGGAAUCCAUACGUUGAUAUUGAAACACAAGGCAGUGGGACUUAUGAUUAUUACUGGACCCAUGCUCUGAUAUCUGAUGAAAUUCAUCAGGGUAUAUUUUCCAAUUGCAAUUUUUCUUCAGGAAAUACAUCAGAUGCUUGUCAGACAAACGAGGACCAAGCAGAUUCAGCUAUAGGCAAUAUUGAUUAUUACAAUAUCUAUGCUCCCUUGUGUUCUUCUUCUUCAAAUACUCCUACUACGAGUUGGUUAUCAGUUUGA